UCGGCGUUCUGGAGAGGCGCUACUUGGGCCGGUGGUAGACUGCUGGCUGCUGGCGCGAUUGCUGGAAACCGCGAGUGGGAUCUCUCUCUGCCGUUCGGAUCUCCACAACGAUGAGUGCAGCCAGAGACUCCCACCCACACGGGGUGAAGCGCUCAGCCUCCCCAGACGACGAUCUUGGCUCUAGCAAUUGGGAAGCAGCAGACUUAGGUAACGAAGAGAGAAAACAAAAGUUCUUGAGACUAAUGGGAGCAGGAAAGAAAGAACAUACCGGUCGUCUUGUUAUAGGAGAUCACAAAUCAACAUCUCACUUCCGAACAGGGGAAGAAGACAAGAAAAUUAAUGAAGAACUGGAGUCUCAAUAUCAGCAAAGUAUGGACAGUAAAUUAUCAGGAAGAUAUCGACGGCAUUGUGGACUUGGCUUCAGUGAGGUUGAAGAUCAUGAUGGAGAAGGUGAUGUGGCUGGAGAGGACGAGGACGACUCACCUGACCCUGAGAGCCCAGACGACUCCGAAAGUGACUCGGAGUCAGAGAAGGAGGAGUCUGCUGAAGAACUGCAAGCUGCCGAGCACCCCGAUGAGGUGGAGGACCCCAAAACCAAAAAAGAUGCAAAAAGCAAUUACAAGAUGAUGUUUGUUAAAUCCAGUGGUUCAUAACUCCCAAACACUCAGUCUUUGUAUUAAAAGUAAGCCUUAUUGUUAUAAUGCACAGUGGAGGACUGCUUAUAGAGCACAGACCUUUGUAUUAUAAUUUUUAAAAAGGCCCUUUUAAAUAAUUACAAAGAGUGUUUGCUUUCAGAUGCCAUGGGUUACACUUUUAUGGGCAUGACUAUAACCAUUUUUGUAAAGAGUAAGAGUUGUAUAAAAUAAGAAAUAAAUACAGUACUCGGCUUCUUUUCCUGUUAGCAUCAUCAGCCCGCUAACUUUACCUUCUUACCCCUCUGAUGCAGUGCUAAGGGAGAUAUUUCUGAAACAGGUAAUGUUCUGUGGUUUUUUUUUUUUCUUUUUGGUGAUAGCUGUUUUUAAUCUUUUGUUGUUAUUCCUUCGUCUUUUUCUCUUAUAGAACAUUUAUUUGAUACUGUGAUGUUUCUGAAAGAUAUUCUUUGCUUAUUAUACUUUGUUCUACGUAGAGUUGUUCAUCAUAGAUAUUUCUCCUUCCAGUAACAAUCUAAAUUAAUGUUGGCUAAAGAUUAAAUACUUAGUUGACUCUCAUUGAUUUGGCUGUACUCUCUUGGACCAAAGCAACAUAAGAACAAGUGCUUUUAUACUUGUGAGAAUGGACUUCCAAUUCUCAUAAAUUUGAAAUUUAUGACCAUAAGCAGUCGUGCAUACUACUGUGUUUUGUUUUACACAUAAAAUUUGGCCAAUUUUUACAGAGGACUGCAUUAUUUUUGCGACCAUUUGCUCCUGUCUACUUAGGAUUACUUAAAUUACUUACACACACACCCCACUACCCGCCUACCUGCUUUGUUGUUUUUUUUUUAAGAUAACAAGUGCUCAGAGUUACUUUUUUCCCUAAGGCUUAAUAAGGGAAAGCAGUUCCCUACACAUCUGGUUGUGAUACCUUUAUCAUCAUUUAUUAUCUACAAGGGAAGAGUAGGUUUAUUGAAGAAGAAAUUCCUACCAUUUUCUCCCAAUGCUCCUAUGUUGAUAAGAACAGUAACAUCUAAUUAGAAAAACCAUGUAUUGCUUUCUGUUGGAGUCAGGUUGGAAUGGGCUGGCUGCUGUUGGAGGGUUGAGUUCUGGAGCCGAUUAACAUAAAUUGUGGGUUAGUAAGUGAUCUUUGAACAGUUGGGUCUGAAAUUAUAUUUCUGACAUUAAAAGGCUUGAGUCAAACCUGUCUGUGAACCUAACUGCUAAAUGUUUAGAUAUUUAGAUGUAAAUGUGCUGAAUUUUCAAUUAUUCCUUUUAUUAUUAUUAUUAUUAUUAUUUAGAAUGUGUUAGGAAAGUAGCAGGUCGAACAGGUGAGAUUUCUGGUCUAUGGAGUCCAUGUGAAGCAGUCUUCGUGUAUUCCACCCUCAGAGGUUUUUGGGUUUCUUGGCCUAUGGUUUCCCCUCCCACCCCCUCCAUGUUGUUCAAAUUGUUUUAAGGUUGAUGCUACCCCUUACAGUAAGCUGUUGUCAGUGAAUAGUAGACAAUAACAGGGCAUUUAACAAAAAUGAUUUGGUCAAGUUUGACUUCACUCAACAAAAUCUAUAUUGGCAACUGAUUUUUGAAUAUCUAGUCUGUGGAAUUAACUAGUUUGAGAGAAAAGGACUGAUUAUGUUUAAAAAUUGAAGAGGGAGAAAACAGUAUUGUUUUAAAAAGUAUUUUCAUUUCAUUGUUAAAAUAUGCUGGGUUAUUAAGUUUUCGUUGCUGGUGUGUAAGAAGCGCCUUCUCAAAUAAGAAGUAGCUGAGAGAGCUUUUUUCUUCCUGUCCAAAUCGAGAAAUUCAUAUUUCAGUUACUUUAUGUGUUGGACAUUAACGUAAUUCAAGCAGGAGUAAAUUUGGAUCUGCUGGGCCAUGCGGCCUGGAUUCCCAGCACCACAUUAAACUUGCUGGCUGUCUUUCAAGCACGAACAAUGAGGCUUUGAUUUUUUUUUUUUUUUCCCAUACUAAAUCAGAAAACAGUCACAGAAGAUGGAUGCUAUACCAUCUCUAUAUCCUGCUGAAAAGGGGCCUGGUGGAAAAUGUUAAGUUCUUUUCAUGCAGUGAAAUAACACCGUUUGGUGAAAAAAUUAAAUUUAACGGCAACUUCUCUAUAUCAAUCUCAUAACUGAAAUGUGCAGCUUCUGCACGUCUCCUGUUUGUGACAUUCACCAUCACAGGAGAAGUCCUGAGAUGUAUCAUCUUUCAAACCUGGGAGAAGUGAAAGGCAGAGAGAAAAAUCUCGAGUGAUUGUACUUCUGAUUAAGCCAUAGGCUGAGAGCAGAAAUAUAGGUUAUAUGCUUUGAGUGAAUUUUGGGGAAAUAAAAGAUUUCAACUCUGA